AUGACUUUGGAGUCAAGACGCGUUCCAGUUGAGGGCCAUAGCCUUCUAUCAAAUCUUGUUCUGGGAACAAGAGUUAACGUGAUUGGAGUAGUAAAAUCGUAUUCACCUCCAAGAAGAUGUAGGGGUACAGAUUGGUUAUGCUCGUUUCAAAUAACGGACCCCUCACUGAAUGGCAAAGUAACAGUCAUCAUGUUUCGCGCACAAUACACAGAAAUACCGGAAGCGAGUAUUGGUAGCAUUUUCGUAGGAACCGGACUUAAGGUCAAUCAUUACAUGAAUUCACCACAACUUAUCGCUUACAAACUUGAAUCUACCUGUACAAUCAUAAAUGAUGACUUCAAAGGGAAUAAAUUCUCUCAUGUAAUGCACAAUAGAGUUACCGAGAUCAUGGCUUAUUCUGAACACUUACGAAGUUGGUGGAACAAUCUAGAGAUUCUUUACGCUGGACGACAAGAAUCACGUAAAUUAAUUACGAUUGCUGAUAUUCGACCGAAUAUUUUUUUCGACACCAUUGCCGAGGAAGUACCUUGUAAAUUUCUUACACGUGGCCGUAUUGUCGAUUUCGGACCUGAUUUUGAAAAAUUUAUACGACCAUUUUGCGCUGCCUGUGAUGAAGUAAUAUUUCCUAAACAUGAAGGUUCAAAUCAAUACCAUGAUUGUCCACAUGAUACCACUUUUAUAUAUGACUUUUUUUUAUUGGUUGAAGAUAAAUUUGGUGAACGACUUUCCGUAUUAGUCUUUGGGCCUGACGCAGUUAAAUUUUUAAAAGAAUUGCGACCAACCAGUGUUAUGGAAAAUGAAAGUUCAAGACAAAUAUUUCAAAACUUGAUUACAAAGUUGUUAGGAAAUGUUUUAGACCAUGAUCAACCCACAGAAUUUUUUGAUUUCUGUGUUGAAUCUUAUUACGUUCCGGACUAUGGAGAAAGACUUUAUAAAUUAACUAACACUAUCUUGGAAAUAUAA